AUGGUAGCCACAAUACACAACCGCCACACUAGAGGAAAUAGCAGCAGCGUCAAUAGUGUUCCUCAGCUGACAGCCUGUGGUGCAGUACCUGUCAGAAAUCCCCAGAGUCACACUGAGUGCUGGAGGCCUGGGUGCAGCUGGAGCCCAGAACCAUCACGGUGCUGCGAGGUUUGGAUCCUCAAUAGUGGCUCUGUGUUGACCAUUUCAGCCCAGUACGGUAUUCUCUCAAACAACCCCAAUGCGACUGCCAUAAACCGCUCCACCAAUCAAGUCUUUAGCUGGGAAUUUGUCUUGAGGAGAGUCCAGCGCAGCCACCAGGUACAGGUGACCUGUGACCUCCAAAACAUCCAGAGUAAAAACUGCCGAUCUGUUUGUUCAAAGAAGGGUAACGUGACCAUCAUGGGGGGAACGUGACUGUGCUGAAGGGGAAGAGGUCCUGUUCCAGGCAGAGGUCCUGUUGUAGGCUGUUACCCAGAGCUCAGUCUGACUUGGCUGGUGAAUGGCAGAGAAGUGGACCAGGGUCAGUACAACAUCAGCACUGAAGGGACUGUUGAUGUGGAGUGCCUCCACAACCUGACCAGUAACUUCAGUGUCCAGGCAGCAGAGAGCUCUCAUGUGGAGUGCCUAGCCUCUGUGUCUGCUCUCCAAAUGCCUCAGGCCAGCAAUGUGCAUCUGACCAUGGUUGCAGAGGUGCUGGUGGAGAAUAUAUGCGACGACUGCACUGUUCUAAUUUCUGUAACCGCCUCAGUGUCCGCCGUCCUCCUGCUCCUGUGGAUGAGCAUCUGCACUGUCCUCUGUUACAGACAGAGGAGAAGAGCAAAAUCAAGCCAACUGGAGACUAGAAAGCCCACCCCUCUUCCCUGUCUCACCGACGGCCAACUGGCUUACACGGUGAAGCGUCUCCUGAAGGUUCGACCUCGGGGCAGGGGGUUCCAGUACCUGGUUGACUGGGAGGGUUAUGAUCCGGAGGAGGUGCUGGACUAA